GAUGCGAGAAAUCUCCAAAGACGAUCCUCCAAUAUGGUAUCCUAGGGCCUCCACGAUAUCAGCAGUAUGCCAGACAGCACCAUACUAUUUUGUUGCAGUUAGUGGUUGUGGUGUGUUGGUCCCGUGAAGCACAGCGCUUGAUGUGAAAGACCUCCUUUGUUGAUUAGUAAAAAUGCUUGUGGAAUUUCUGCUAUUUGGUGGACUGCUGUUUCUGUUAUGGAAAAGCUUCAGAAAACCCCCAGAACUACCUCCAGGCAAGUGGGGCCUUCCUUUGGUGGGUUACAUACCUUGGACCAGUAAGACAUUUGAAGAUCAGAUAGCGGACUUUCACAAACAGUAUGGACAUAUCUUCCUGUGGAAGAUGGGAACACAAUUAAUGGUGUUUAUCAACGACUACAAGUUAGUGAAAGAAGCUUUCUCGAGGCAUGAGUUUACCAACAGACCAGACUGGGAGAUCUUCAAGUUUUUUGAAGAACCUGCCGUUGCGUUUUAUGUGUUGGUUGCGGGAUGUAUAAUGGAAGGCGUGUAUGCCUAA